CUCAACUUCAAUAUGGAGCUUGUUCUCUCCCUGUGCCUUUUUUCUCUACUGGUUUCUAAAGCGUCUGCAGAUUCAAUUAAGCUUGCUUAUGCUGGAAGUAAUAGUAAGGACAUGCAGGACUGGUUAAGCCAUGGUGGAAAUCUACUUAACAGGCGAUUCGCCAACAAGGAAACCAAGAUAAGCCCUGAAACAGUUUCCAGGCUGAGAUUGAACUGGAAAUUUAAUGCAGGCAGAGAUAUUACUGCAACACCAUCAGUUUCUGAUGGAGCAGUUUAUUUCCCUAGCUGGGAUGGAUAUCUUUACGCUGUCAAAGCAUUGGAUGGAUCUCUUAUUUGGAAGAAAAAUUUGCAGCAGUUGACUGGUCUUAAUUCUACUAGAGUUAUAUUCAAUGUCAAUGUAACAGUGUCCCGAACAACUCCAACAAUAGCAGAUGAUUUGCUGAUCAUUGGAGUCAGUGGACCUGCUUAUGUUGUUGCAGUUAAACGAUCAAAUGGGCAGCUUGUCUGGUCAACUCAGCUUGAUAAAAACCCAGCCGGUGUUAUCACCAUGUCAGGAACUUAUUAUAAGCGCAAUUUCUAUGUUGGCACAUCUUCACAAGAGGAAGAGCUGAGCAUUGAACAAUGCUGCAUCUUCCGUGGAAGCUUUGUCAAACUAGAUGCCCGAACUGGCACAAUAUUGUGGCAAAAAUUCAUGUUGCCUGACAAUUUUGACAAGCGCGGAGAAUAUGCUGGAGCAGCAAUUUGGGGAAGCAGCCCUCCAAUUGACGUCCGCAGGAACCUUGUCUACAUUGCCACAGGGAACCUCUACUCAGCACCUAAAAAUAUAACGGAUUGCCAAGAGAGACAAAACAAUCAAACAGAAGUACAUGCUCAUCCUGACGAGUGUGUUGAGCCUGAUAACCACUCAGAUUCAAUCCUAGCCCUUGAUCUGGACACUGGAAGGAUCAAGUGGUACCAUCAGCUAGGGGGCUAUGAUAUCUGGUUUUUUGCCUGUAACAAUCUUUCGACCUAUAAUUGUCCUCCUGGCCCGAACCCUGAUGCUGAUUUUGGUGAAGCACCAAUGAUUCUAAGCAUAUAUGUCAACGGAACCAAGCGGGACAUUGUUGCUGCUGUCCAAAAGAGUGGAUUUGCUUGGGCUUUGGAUCGUGAUCAUGGGAACAUAUUAUGGUCUACUGAAGCUGGACCUGGUGGCCUCACUGGAGGAGGAACAUGGGGGGCAGCCACUGAUGAAACGAGGGUCUACACCAACAUAGCUAACUCUGAUGGCAAGAAUUUCACUUUGAAGCCAUCCACAAAGAACACGAUCGCCGGUGGAUGGGUGGCCAUGGAUGCUAAUAGUGGUCAAAUCCUUUGGUCAACAGGCGACCCCAGUAAUGGAACUGCCAGUGGCCCUGUCACUGUGGCUAAUGGGGUCUUGUUUGGUGGUUCGACAUACGGACAAGGACCAAUAUAUGCGAUGAAUGCUAACACUGGAAAAAUCUUGUGGUCAUAUAACACAGGUGCCACUGUUUAUGGUGGCAUCUCAGUUAGUAAUGGGUGCAUUUACGUAGGCCAUGGAUACAAGGUUAGUUUCGGAUUAUUCAAUCCAGGAUUCACUAAUGGAACCUCCCUCUUUGCUUUCUGUGUCUCUUGA